UGGUUCCACGUAGCCAAAAAUAAGUAAUUAUUUAUAGGAAUUAACCGUCAAGGUUAUAAAACGUCAUAUUCAUGUGAGAAAAAAAUUUCUAAUAGUUUAUAGGUUUAAUUUUCUGGAUCAGUCAACAUCUUAUAAACAAGGGAAUAACUAGUAUUUGUAUAUUGUGUAAAGGGGUAGUACGAACCUCCUGAAUCCAUUCCUGUUUUUAUUUUCCAAUAAUUGUGUGAUUGUUGGAUAUUCUGUGUUAGUGGCAACUAUGCCGUAGACGUAAAUUCUAGAUAUGGUCACUUUUCAGCAUUGGCGGUCUUCUACGUAAACACGUGCAAUUCCAUAGUUUCAUUACAAAAAUGAAAUACAUUUUAGUAACAGGGGGUGUUAUUAGUGGUAUAGGAAAAGGUGUCAUAUCAAGUUCAUUCGGGGCUAUAUUAAAAUGUUGUGGAAUAGAAGUAACAUCCAUAAAAAUUGAUCCAUAUAUUAAUUUAGAUGCUGGAACAUUUUCUCCUUACGAGCAUGGAGAAGUUUAUGUUUUGGAUGAUGGUGGGGAAGUUGAUUUAGAUUUGGGAAAUUAUGAACGUUUUUUAAAUAUAACAUUACAUAAAGAGAACAAUAUUACCACAGGGAAAAUUUAUAAACACGUUAUAGAUAAGGAAAGACAUGGUGAUUAUCUUGGGAAGACAGUUCAAGUUGUGCCCCAUAUAACUGAUGCAAUCCAAGAAUGGGUGGAAAGAGUGGCCCAAAAACCAGUUUCUGCCACUGGAAAAACACCAGAAGUAUGUAUAAUAGAAUUGGGUGGAAUAGUUGGUGAUAUUGAAAGCAUGGCAUUUGUGGAAGCAUUCAGGCAGUUCCAGUUUAGAGUGAAAAGAGAGAAUUUCUGUGUUGCUCAUGUCUCUCUUGUUCCGCAACCAAAAACUACAGGAGAACAUAAAACAAAACCAACUCAGUCUUCCGUUAGAGAAUUAAGAGGUUUAGGUUUGUCUCCAGAUAUAAUUGUUUGUAGGUCAGAACAGCCUAUUGGACAAAGUGUUAAGGAUAAAAUCUCCAACUUCUGUCAUGUUGCUCCAGAACAAAUUAUUAGUAUACCAGAUUUAGCAUCUGUCUAUGAAGUGCCAGUGUUUAUGGAAAAUCACGGUAUGGCAGAAUUCCUAUGCAGAAGACUACAGUUGGGCAUUACUCCUUUACCACAUAUUAGAAAAUAUAUGAAACCGUGGAUAGAACUUGGAGAUAGAAUGUCUAACCUAAAACAUGAAAUAACAAUAGGAAUUGUAGGAAAAUACACCAGACUUGAAGAUUCCUAUACUUCCAUUACUAAAGCUUUGAGACAUGCUGGAAAUAAAGUUGGAUUCAAAAUUAAUUUGAAAUUUAUUGAAGCAUCAACUUUAGAAACUAGCAUGCUAACAGACGAUCCUGCUUCAUAUCACAAUGCUUGGCAUAAUUUGUGUGUUUGCGAUGGUGUAGUAGUCCCUGGAGGAUUUGGAAAAAGAGGUGUAGAAGGCAAGAUUGAAGCUUGUAAAUGGUGUAGAAUCAACGAUAAGCCUUUCUUAGGUAUUUGUUUGGGAUUCCAAGCAGCAGUGAUUGAAUUUGCUAGAAAUGUAUUAAACUUAGAAAACGCCAAUUCCACAGAAGUUAAUGAAGAUACUACACACUCUGUAGUUAUUGAUAUGCCUGAACAUAAUACCGGUGAAAUGGGAGGUACCAUGAGAUUGGGAAAAAGAACUACUGUCUUUAGAAAACCUAACAGUAUUCUUAAAAGUUUGUAUGGUAGUAAGGAUCAAAUAGAUGAAAGGCAUAGGCAUAGAUAUGAAGUUAAUCCUGAAUAUAUUGAACAUUUUGAAGAUAAGGGCAUGAAUUUUGUAGGUGUUGAUAUAGAACAGAAGAGAAUGGAAAUUCUGGAAUUAGAGAAUCACCCAUAUUAUGUAGCUGUGCAAUAUCAUCCAGAAUAUUUAUCAAGACCCAUGGAUCCUUCCCCGCCGUUUUUAGGUCUUGUUUUAGCCGCCAAAGACAGGCUAAAAUCAUACUUAGCACGUGGUUGUAAAUUGUCACCUAGGGAACCCCAAUCUGACUAUUAUGAAUCCGAUGAUGAAUUAAACGAACUAACAGUGAAACAACUAAAUGUGACCGAUCAAGAUGACAACAGCAGUGCUUAUAGCAGUUCCAGUUUAUCUUAAAAAAUAUUAAUAAAAUUCAACAAAAAACAUUCAUAUGACCAAUUUGUAAAGUAUUUUUGCAGUUCAAAGUUAUAUGUUAACAUUAAGUAUAAAAAUAAAUUGUAAAGGUAUAUCAUUACCAGUGAAAUAUUUAUUUAUGUUUUGUGAAACAAUUUUUAUUUUUUGAUAAAUUGAAUAAACCAAUUUUUUUCAAUCUAUAA